AUGAUACCUCACCAACGCUUUCAACACGGCGAGAGGGUCGAACAGCUCCCUCUGCGGAAGGACAAGACCACAGGCGUGCUCUACAUUCGUGAAAAAGAUGUCCAGAGGGUCUUCUCUGGCGCCACUCUGUUCAAGGUCGACGGCGUUGUUAUUUACUACCUCGAGGACGAGAACGAAGAAGAGUAUGAGCCGAAGAGGAUCGGAUACUACCCAGACGAUGUUGUCGAGGUGGUCAUCCCCGGUUUGACCCACAUCCAUACAACUCCUUCAGUCGACCUCUCUGGAAGGACCAUGGCACAGACAGGAAGCAGAAAUUCAAGCCACCCAACUCAAUUGAUCACAAACGAUGGCAUGGAACUCUCUGUGUCGAAUCUCUCUCUACGACCUUAUUCCGUCCACACAAGCACCCUCGUUCGGUCCGCCACUUACUCCGUCGAGCGCCCCUCAAAAUCCUCCCUCUCCUCGCCCAAUACUAUUGCUCACCAAUUUGCACCCAUCGCUCGUCCUAUGGCUGCACUUUCAGCAAUCGCUUCAGACAUCACCACUAUCCAACAUCAACUCACCCACUCGACCGACCAGCAGUCAGCGCACCACCAACAGCUUUUGGAGCAGUUGAUCCAGCUUCUUAAAGAGCAGGCUGCAUCCAAGGAGAGGGAGGAGCAGAUGUUGAGGGAGCAGGCCGAGUCCAAAGUAAGGGACGAGCAACUGUUGAGGAUGCAGCAGGAGACGAUUGACCGACUCACUGUGGCCCAGCAGAAGAUCGAGGCUAUCUUGGUCCAAAACUAUGAACUCCACGAGUAUCCGAUCCCAAGGCUGUUCGUCAUUCUUCCAGACUCGUACGAGAAAUGGGACCCUCGGAACAUUAUGGCAGAGAGAUUUCGACUGUUCUUCUUGUGCGAGUGUGGCGACCAUUGCAACCCAAGCGUGGGAUCAACGACUUCAUCUGGCCAACUCACCAUCGCCGCUUCUGCCUCCUCCACACCCGUCCCUGUCAGGAGCAGUGUCCACUUGGCCAAGCAUGAGGGGUAUGAGAUUUCUCGCUCCAAAGAGUUCUUUGAUCGCUAUGGUCCCUAUGUCCUUGGCAUGCUCCGGAUGCUCAAGCAUUGUCUGGCCGUUGCAAAGGUGGCGGCCCCUGCUAUUGCGCUGGUGGAGAGUGGUGUCAAGGAUGUCAUGGACGGAGUCACGUCGAUCUCAGAGACAACGAUUAUGGCGGUAGAUAUGUCGAUCGACUUUCUGGAGCAGAAACUGGAUGAGAACGCGACAGGCGAUGGAAUCUCCAAAACAAUGGCUGGGUCGCAGGAGGAGGAGGAGGAAGACAUGUUCAGCGGUCUUACAGCACUGGAGGGUGCCGAUCUGCGGCGACUGGACUCUUUCCUGAGGAAGAAGGACGCGGACAAAAUCCUAGGAAAUUUGUACAGGAUCACCCUCGAGACAGGUCAUGUCAAAUGGGUGUGCCUUCACCAUUACCGUCAAGUGUACCGCGAGACAGCGAUGGCAUCGUUCUUGCAGUGUGUUGAAACCAACGGUGGCACGUACGAUUCCCAGUUUGGCAAAGUCACCAUCACCCUCAAAUCCAGCAUCGCCACCAAGGAUUUCUUCUCUCGACUCUCCACACAGGCACCGGCGGUCACUGGUCUCAGGGUGACUCUUGAUUGGUCGUUUGGGUCGGUGGAUCUGGGUAUGCUGGUGGACAAGAUUGCUCAGUCGAAUAUUCAGGAAUUGGAGCUGGACUUUAUGGAAUUUGCUUCUCCUGGUUCGUUGGGGUCCCUAAUGCGUCCAGGGAAGGGAAGGUACCACUCUCUCCUUGGACUAUUGUCCAACGACAGGAUCAAGCGCCUGGCCUUUAUCAACAUAAGUCUCAUCGGACCGCGGACAUCGAGCUUGCCCAAGACCCACCACCCCACGCUCCUCCAAAGCUUCCACUAUUCGGGGUGGGUCGAUGACUUUGACGACUCUCGCCUGGCUGAGAUCAUCUCUCUAUGUCCCGGUCUUGUCGAUGUGAAACUUGGAGGAGUCGUAUACUCCAGUGAAGGCAUUCCCAAAGUCGACCAAGCUCUGGGUUCGCUCUCAAAGAUGAAGAUCCUGCAUCGAUGUCGCCUAUAUGCUGAUUCCAAAGUAAAAAUCAAGGAUACCACAGCCCCAUAUGGCACGGUCGCUUUGAGGGAGCUCACGGAUAUCGGCAUGCCGUACCCCACUGGCCCUGCUGGUCUACUUGAGGCCGCCAUCCAGCGAUCGGCCGCGACAUUGGAGGUACUCAUACUCCUUUCCCACACCUAUAGCCGAAUUGACCUGGCUCAGAUUUGCGACAUAUUUUCGCCCGCAGCGCACAUCAGUGGUCUCCCAUUCCUGAGACUGACGCACCUCGAACUCCUUGUCUACAUGACAGCUGAUUCCCUCGACCUGAUGGCCCUCCUACUACCAAGUCUUUCUCUGGUCCACCUUGGUGUCGAUGAGGACACCUGCAUUCUCCUCUCAGAAGUCAGCCUGGUCUCUUUGCGGUCCCUACGUGUGCAAAAUGUUGAGGACUACGUCAUCGACCCCUUUUAUCACCGUGUCCUCUCGUCGUCCACACCUUGUCAGAUCCAACAAAUACGGUUCGGAAAUAUUGCGAAAUCACAAGUGCUGGCGAACAUUCUUGCUGAUCUUCCUUUGAGACGACUGCAUCUCGAUGAACCAAAGAACGACAAUAUACUCGAGAUGGUUCUGCCAAGCUUGAACCUCUCUCAACUCCAACUUCUCAUAAUCGACUACCACAAGUUCGGUCCAGAAAUGGAGGCGGUUCUUGCUGCAAGAAGUACAGAGUUUACGAACGAGUUUGUACUUCACUUGGGACAUGAAAAGACGCUGAAAGCGGACGAGGCGCAGGUGCUGAACUCAAGAGAGGUGCAAGGAUCGCCGAUGAAGCUUGCCCGUCGCCGUGUUCGUGUUGUUGACUUUCUUACCACUGACCCGGAGUACUAUAGAUCUGUUACCUCUUCGUGA